UAAAAUCCGUUGAGUGGUCAGUUCCUCCUUGAUAUAUACACUAUACACACGCUCUCUAUUCUCCAUCCCCCCUUCGCCUCGUUGUCUGAAAACCUUAUCGCCAUGGCGGCCUCUAUCCUCUUUCCUUCCGUUUCUCUCUCUAAGCCGGCUACGGAUACCCUCGUCUCCAUACGAACCAGAGUCGCCUACGCUUCUCACCUCUCUCUAUGCCCUUCCGGCCUCAAGCCUCUCUCCUUUACCUGUAGGAAGAGCGUUCCUUCUCUUUCCUUCGUCAGAAAUGUUGCGCUUUCCGCGGAAUAUAGUCAGGACCAUGAAGAAGAAGAAAAGGAGGAAGAGUUCUCUGCCGGGGAGGCCUCAUUCUCUCCCGACCUAAAGCUUUUCGUGGGUAAUCUGCCGUUUAGCGUCGACAGCGCGAGACUAGCCGGCUUGUUCGAGCAAGCGGGGAACGUCGAAAUGGUCGAGGUUAUUUAUGACAAGCUGACGGGAAGAAGCCGAGGAUUUGGGUUUGUGACAAUGUCAACUGUGCAGGAAGUGGAACUUGCUGAAAAGCAGUUUAAUGGUUAUGAACUUGAUGGUAGAACAUUGAGAGUAAAUUCUGGACCCCCACCACAGAAGCUUGAUAACUCAUCUAGAGGCUCUCGAAAUGGGGGUGGUUUUAAUGACUCUUCGAAUAGAGUGCAUGUGGGGAAUCUGUCCUGGGGAGUUGAUGAUUUGGCGUUGGAGACUCUCUUCAGCGAGCAUGGAAGAGUUAUGGAAGCUCGAGUUGUAUAUGACCGAGAGAGUGGCCGUUCCAGAGGCUUUGGAUUUGUUACACUCAGCUCUGCUGAUGAAGUUAACGGGGCUAUUGACUCACUUAAUGGUGCUGAAUUGGAUGGAAGACCAAUUCGGGUGAGUUUGGCUGAAGCUAGACCAAGGCGCCAAUUUUAAUCAGCAAGAUUGCUUUUCUUGUCCUAUAAAAGGGGGCAAAAGAGAGAGAUUGGAAUCUACAGAUUCUACACACUUGUCCUACUUGCAUUUGGGUCUAAACCUGAAAGUUGUAGAGAUCCAAUGUGUUUUUUGGCCUUUUUUUAUCUUUAGGUUAAGCCGUUAAGGUAAUAUUUCUGUAUUUUGAAUUGAGCAUAGUGUGGUCAAAUUCUCUCA